AAUCAAGAUAAGGUUCACUCUCAUCAUCACAAAUCAAGUAUUCUCUAUCUUCACCUUCUCCAUUGAAAACAUACCACUCUGUAUCUCAACAUGGAUCCAUGGAACCUUUCAUCAUCUUCCAAGUUUCUCUCUAAACAAGUUGCGUACGCUUCUCAUCUCUACGCAGAAGAGAUUCGCAACAUGGGAAAUUCCAGAGGUUCGCAGUUGACAAUCUUGUACGAUGGCCAAGUUGUUGUCUUUGAUGAUGUUCAAGCGGACAAAGCCAAGGAUAUCAUAUCUUUUGCCAACACAGGAAUGUCUCAAAACCAGAACGGCUAUGUUUGCUCAUACCCUGCUGCAAUUUCUGCUAGUUCCAGCAGACCGUUCCCUUUUCUUAUGAAUAUCAUCCCUACCACUGCCAACAAUUCGGUUCAGGAGCACCCUCAAGCACCAUCUAAAUCUGUUAUAUGCGAUCUACCUUUGGCUAGAAAAGCUUCACUUCAUCGGUUCUUGGAGAAAAGAAAGGAUAGAAUUGCUGCCAGAGCACCAUAUCAAACAAGCAAUCACAUGGAAGCCCUUAAUAAGCCAGGUGAAUCCACGCCAUGGCUCACCUUGGCAUCUAAAUCGCUACAAGAUGAAUCUGAUUCUGAUAGCAGCUCCAGCUUUGGGUUAUUUUAAGUGCUUUUCUUGGACAAGCUGAAGAAGAUUGCACUUUCAUAUAGCCAUCGUGAAAAAGAGGACUUCGUGGUUUUCCUAUAAGCUUAGCCAAGAGUUAUAAGGGCUUCUCUAUAGCCCUAUGCUGAUUUUUUGGGGGCCAAUGAUCAAUGUUUUUGCUCAUGGCUACUAUUGUUGUAAUUUUAGACAAGAACUGUAAAUUGAAUUGGGUUAGCAUAGUUUUGGUAAAAUAUUGAAAUCAAUUCUUCUCAGUUCUCACUAUCACAUAUAUUGUAUCUAAGGAUUAUCUAUCUCUUCCUACAAGUAUGUAAGCUACAUGUAAUCACAUCCCAUCUUUUCAGUAGAUAUUUUAUUUUUCGUCUCA